CCUUUUACGUAACCUUCAAAUUCGGCCGUGUUUAUGUUUCGGGAGGAAAAGAGGAAAAGUUUCGAAAGAGAAGAAGAGGAGAAAACUCUUUAAUUUCUAUCUGUUUCAAUAAAGAUUAUUGUUUAUUAAAUGAGAAAAGGAUGACUAUUGCUAAUGGAACGACAGAAAAAGAAAAAAGCAAUGAAAACGAAAAAAGCAAUGAAAAUAACUCGACCAGCGAGGGUUUGUGGGGAGCCGACAUGUACCCCGAAAGAAGAGGGAAGAAGCACGAACGUAGUUGGCUUAAGAUGAUGAUCGGUCUGGAGGGACGAGAGGGAAUAGACAAGGCUAAAUGCGAGGCCAACGUUUACGAUUGUAUACGAACUAGUCCUAUAGUGAAACUCAUGCUGGGAGCGUUGAAGAGUUCCGGAUGCGAAGUGGAUAUCCGUCGUCAUAUUUCCUGCGAAAUGUGUUAUGGAAAUGUAACCGGUGGAUACGAUUCGGAAUUAAACCAGGUAGUUAUUUGCCAAAAUACAGCUAGUGGACACAUGAUUCAAGGUGUUCUCUUGCACGAGAUGAUUCACAUGUUUGAUUACUGUCGUAAUAAAUUAGACGUGAAGAAUAUCGAUCAUUUAGCCUGUACAGAAAUCAGAGCCGCAAAUCUGAGUCACUGUAGUUUCAUGAGCUCGAUGUUACAAGGCGAUUCGUCCUUCUUUAAUAUAAAAGCGACGCAUCAGGACUGUGUGAAACACAAAGCUAAACUGUCGGUAAUGGCAGUGCACAAGGUAUCAGCGGAGGUAGCUGAAGCGGCUAUAGAGAGAGUGUUUGCGAAAUGCUACAACGAUCUCGAACCAAUAGGUAGAAGAAUUCGUAGAAAUUCGGAGGAUAUGCCGAAAGCGUACGCGGAGGCGUAUUUAUACGGAUACGACACGUAAAUAUUUGAAACAACUUUGUGUA